UUAAUUUUGGGUAGGGGAGCAUUUCACUAUAAUAACUAAAACCUGUUUUAAUUGGAUUUAUUGGAUAUAAAUAGAAGACCAGUCUUACAAAUUCGAUGCACAUGUUCACCUAAAAUAACCUUUAAACCCUCGCCCAAGAAACACAGACGGAGCUAACCUUAAACCCUGAAUUCACCAAGAACCGACUGCAGAAAAUCCGAAAAACCCUCAGCAUGGAUCACGCAGCAGCUGCACAGGAGAGAUUAGUGAACGAGAAACUGAGGCAGAAGCUCAAUGAGGUCAACGCUGCCGCCCAAUCUCAUCUCGCCGGUGUACAUGACCACAUCAAUUUCACCCUACAGCAAGCGUACUUCAAGUGUGCAUAUGAGUGUUUCGACCGGAGAAAGAACCAGAAUGAGAUCGGCAACUGCGUGGAGCAUUGCAGUGUGCCCGUGGUGAAUGCCCAGAAUCUUGUCGAAAACGAAAUGGCUAGAUUUCAGGAAAAACUGAGCAGGUCUCUCACAGUCUGCCAAGACAAAUACGAGUCAGCCAAGCUCCAGACGAACAGUAACCAUUCCAUGCAGGAUCUCAUGCUGAAUAGGAACCAAUCCAUGCAAAAUCUGGAGUCGUGCGUCGAACAAUCUGUUCAAGACAGCAUCAACAUGAUGCCACAUCUGGCCGGGAAAUUAAAGGCGUAUUUGUCACUCAAUGAUUAGAGACUUGAGUUGCCAAGCAACACGUGAAAAUUGUCCGGCCAUGCUGUCAUGUUUUGUCUUCAUAAAUUGCUCUGUUGAAGCAUAAAUUGUUAACUGCCAUGAGAUUAACAUACACUUGAGUUGUUUACUUGCAAUGAAAUCAAGCUUGCCGGUGGUACCUAGUAUUGAAUGAGAUCUUGAAUUUGGCGUAAUUACGUGGAAUGAAGGGGUAAGUUAGCAUUAAAAAUUCUCAUGAACAAACGAAGGAGACCAUGCCUUGUAUCUUUUAAAACAUCAAGAGUGCUAGUGAUAUCAAAAGCAGGUGAUUGUCCAUAAGUGGGGUAAAACCUUUAUUAAAGCAACACAUUGGAUUAAAUAUUCAAAGUCCAAUAUGAAAAUCACAAGACAGCGUAAGAUUGGAUUUUGUUAUUACUUCAUACUUCUGAGCAAAGUACUUGCUUCGAGUGUGC